AUGUCUGAGCCCAUCAGGAAUAAGAAGGCGGAUUUCCCGGUCGCACCGACCCCGCAAAACACGCCGGCCAGCAAUGCCCCCAUUUCCUCGCACGCCCAGCAGCCCGGCGUCUCCAGCAUCAAGGAAGAAUCCCUGGACAAUGCCGCUGCCGCUUCUCUCCUUGCCCGUAACCCGGCUCUAGUUUCGAUGAUCCAAGGCAAGCUGGGCCAACUCGUCGGUCGCUCAUCCGGCUACAUCGAAUCUCUUCCCCCCGUUGUCCGCCGCCGCGUUGCCGGUCUGAAGGGCAUCCAAAAGGAGCACGCCAAGCUUGAGGCGCAGUUCCAGGAGGAGGUCCUCGAGCUCGAGAAAAAGUAUUUCGCCAAGUUCACUCCGCUGUACGAGCGCCGUUCGACAAUUGUGAACGGAGGCGUUGAGCCCACUGAGACCGAGAUUGAGGCCGGCAAGGAGGACGAGGAGGAGGACGAGAACGAGACCAAGGAAACCGAAGAGAAGAAGGAGGACCAGGGCGAGUCCACAGCCGGUAUCCCCGAGUUCUGGCUGUCCGCCAUGAAGAACCAGAUCUCGCUGGCCGAAAUGAUCACCGACCGUGACGAGGAGGCUCUCAAGCACCUCACCGACAUUCGCAUGGAGUAUCUGGACCGCCCUGGAUUCCGCUUGAUUUUUGAGUUCUCCGAGAACGAGUUCUUCACCAACAAGACCAUUUCUAAGGCCUACUACUACAAGGAUGAGAACGGAUACGGUGGUGACUUCAUUUACGACCACGCCGAGGGCUCCAAGAUCGACUGGAAGGAGGAGAAGGACCUGACUCUCCGCCUCGAGAGCAAGAAGCAGCGCAACAAGAGUGAGUCAUCCGGAAAAUUCUGCGAAUACACGUGCUGGGAACAGCUCUUGUAUCCCGGAUCAUCACUAACCAUUUCCGCAGACACUAAGCAGACCCGUGUUGUCAAGAUCAGCCCUCCCACCGACGACGACGACUCCGUCGCCAGUGACAUCGAAGAGCGUCUCGAGCUGGACUACCAACUGGGUGAGGAUAUCAAGGAGAAGCUGAUCCCCCGUGCCAUCGACUGGUUCACCGGCGAGGCUCUUCAGUUCGAGGAACUUGGUGACGACAUGGACCCCGAGGACUUUGAUGACGAGGAUGACGAAGAUGAGGACGAUGAGGAGGACGACUCCGAUGAGCACGGAUCAGCUGACGCGGAGGACGAUUCGGAUGAGGAGGAUGGCACUUCCAAGCCCAAGAAGGAGGCUGCUGAGUGCAAGCAAAACUAG